AUGACUUCAACGCCUGCGUCUGGUCAGAAAUCGUUAAGCAUUGCGACGUGGAAAAGGCGAUCGGACAAUCUUUCCCCUGAAGUUUUGGAGUACACUAAGGGUAUAAGCAACACUUACAAGUGGGUGUGCGACCUCGACAAGACUGCAGUUCCAUCCUGCACGAAGGACAACUACAAGGAGAGAAUCCGGCAGUGCAGAGGAUAUAUAGUACUGAAGGUCCUUCCACACAUCCAGGACUUGUCUGACGAGAACCAGUUGGAGAUAGCUUGCAGGGCGGUGCAUGAUUACCAAUCUUGCGUACUGAAGCAGACAAAACUAAUAUGUCCCAAUUCAAAGGAUUUGCUUUCAAACAAGUCGAUUUCCGAAAACACCAAGGGCCUGUUCAAUGAAGGUCUGUACUACUACCAAAAGUGCACCAGCAGAGUGAUUUCGGAGCAGAACUGCGGUAACAUUGAGAAGCUCAACAAAUCCCAGACCGUGCAGGCGCAUCUCGACUUGCUGAAGAAGUACUCAUUUGUCUGCACUGUUCCUGAGAACAGUAAACUGUGCAAGAUUUCGGGAAGCCGCCUGAGGGAGUGUUUAGGAAUCUUGGAGACAGUGGUGAUUCCGAGCGCCAACCUGAAUGCAUCCAGAAGAAACCUCUCAGACGCCUGCAAGUAA